UGCUUAGUCUUAUGAAUCAGACCCCUGCCUCGACGGGGUCGUCACCUCCGGCCAAUGGUCAAGGCGCCGCAGUGCCAGGUUCAUCGCAGUCGGUGUCAGCAGCACCCACUCAACCGCCACCGAACGCGGCCUUUGGCAUGCAGUUCCUCUCGGCCUGGUCGGAGUUUUCAAGUGGAUUAUUCAUCAGGGACAGGGAGAAGUUCGAGGAGUAUUGUUCGGAUGUGCUAGCAAUUGCUGCAAAGGCCGGCGCGAAGGUGCCAGAGGAGGCGUAUGCUCCCACACGUGUAGAUCAAGCGGCAACACAAGUUGAUAGGACCAGUGAGGCGCUUAGGCUGGCACAGCUGCGGCAGCUACAACAACAGCGGAUGGCUACUGGUCAACAACACCAGCAGAAUGUCGCUAAUGGACAGCAACAAAGUCAAGGCGUGCCACGGCAAUCGGGAGGUGCCAGUGGGAGCUCUACGAUUGCACAGAAGAUAUCUGGCUGUGCUGACAUUGCAGAGGCCACUGCAGAGACCCUCGACUGUGACCAACUGCACAGGUUCAUGGCUUUGACAGUUCUCACCAAGCGUGGGCUGAGCAUCCCAUUGCUGAACCUCGGCCAGCGACUGAUCGGCACGUGGCUCUUAGCUGACUUCUUCAGCAAGAGGGAGCAAGUGGCAGCUUGCCUGAUCAGUAUGGCAUCAGAGGGAAGCAAGAAGGCGUCUGUGGAUGCUGCUGAUAGUAAGGCGUCGACCGGCCUUGCUGAGGGUGGCGCCACUGCAGAGCAUGCAGCAGUGGAGGGGAAGGUGGAGGAGGGAGAGGAGAAGAAGGACGAUGUGGAGAUGACGGAUGCAGAGGAGAAAGAUGGCAGUGGGGAGAAAAAAGAGGCGGAGCGAAGCACACCAUCGGGCGCGGAGGCAUCGGUGGUCAGUGAUGAUUUGGAUGUGACCACUCGGGCAGCUUUGAAUGAUGUACUUGCUUACUUGAAGUCACAGGGAAUGAAGUGGGAGAAAGAGUAUGCUGAACGAUUUGCGGAGUAUCUGACUACUGCAGAUGGCAACCUUUUCUGUCCGCGAUUCAUGAACCGGGAUAAUGCUGGAUCAAUGUCCGUGCUCCUGAAUAACACAGCUGAUUCCACUUUUGACGAGAGGUUCAUCCUCAUACCUAACGCCAAGACUUUUUGCCAGACAUUCUGUUAUGCUGCAACGUGGGCGCCUCUAACGGAUCUCGAACGUAACCUCUCGUGCCUUGUUUUUGGUGAUGCUAGUGGGAGUCCGGGUGCAGUGAUCGUCCACCCUGCUUUUGCUCGAAGCCCUAACGAUAAACGGCCCCAGUCGGCGGGGAGACCACCACAAGCACUGAUGGUAGCAUGCAAUGACGGGACGGGGAAGUUCAGUCAAGCGGCUGUUAUACAGUGGGUCGCGAACUCGUCAGCGGCGUGGAUGCGGUAUGCUAAGGAAUGUAGAGAGAGUAUGAGCUGGAUUCCGAGAGAGCUUACUGGGGUUAUAUUAACAAGGGUUCUGCAGCCUCAGCCCGCGGCAACUCCAGCCUCGACCACGCCUGGGCCAAGGGCGGCUCUAGUUGCUCAACUACAGCAGAUGGGCUCGGCUGCGGCGAUGGCUAUGCUACAGCAGCAGGCUGAGGUGGCCUUGAGGGGAGAGCCUCGACAGCAGGCCCCUGUACGUCACCAACCACCUAGAGAAGCAUCUAGAAGGAGUCGAAGGAUUAAUGACGAAUCGUCGGAAAGCGAGAGUGAGGCGAGCAGCAGUAGUAGCGAUUCGGAGUCCGAGGAUGAGAGCGCAGAGAAUAAGCGUCCGCAGAGUAGUGGGCGCCAUUCGUAUGGUAGGAAGAAACAUAAUAGUGAUGACGAGGAGUGGACCGGAUGAGUUCUUGUGAGGAGGCGAUAACUCUGCAUUGCAUCUACUGCUGUACAUUAUAUGGCUGAAUUAUAUAUUUUCUCAUUG